AUGGCCGAAAAACAAGCUGCUCUGGUCGAAAGCCUUAUCGUCUGGAUUCAGACAUUCAAUCUCUCUGCUCCCUGCUCAACAGCGGAGGACCUGACCACGGGAGCCGCAAUAUCAGAGGCCCUGCAUCAAAUUGACCCCACAUGGUUCAACGAUGGAUGGCUUAGUCGCAUUAAAACUGACGUUGAAGACAAUUGGAGGCUAAAGAUGAACAAUCUAAAGAAGAUUCUUCAGAUGAUGGUUGACUAUUAUAAUGAGGCCUUGGUGCAGGAUGUGUCUGGUUUCUUGUUACCGGACGUGUCUCUUGUGGCCGAACACUCUGACCCAGUGCAGCUUGGGCGACUGCUGCAGCUCGUCCUGGGAUGUGCCGUCAAGUGCGAGCACAAACAAGAUUACAUUGAGAUAAUAAUGACUUUGGAGGAGUCUGUGCAGCAUGUAGUGAUGACAGCCAUACAGGAGCUCCUGCACCCGUUUGGAGCAGAGUUGUCGGGGGACGUAGAACAGCAGCUUAAAAAGGCACUUGAGGACCUGACAGAGGUUUCUGCAGAGAAAGAGGCUCUGUCUCAACGUUGUCAAGAGCUGGAUGUGCAGGUGGCAAUUCUUCAAGAGGAGCGCAACAGUUUAUUGGCGGAGAACGAUGUGUUGACUGAUCGGACCAAUCAGCUGGAUUCUUUUGACGACCCCAGCACUGCCUCAGGAAAAAAGCACAGUCUGUUACAGCAGCAACUGGAAGCCAUACAAGAAGAGAACUUCAGGCUGGAGGCGGCUAAAGAUGAUUACCGGAUCCACUGUGAGGAACUGGAGAAGCAGCUGAUCGAGGUGCAGCACCGGAACGACGACCUCACCGCUUUGGCUGAGGAAUCUCGAGCGCUCAAGGACGAACUGGACGUGCUCAGGAACUGCUCUGACCGUGUGGUGAUGUUGGAGGCUUCCAUUGAAACGUAUAAGCGUAAACUGGAGAACCUCGGAGAUCUGAAGAGGCAGAUGAAGCUGCUGGAGGAGAAUAAUGUGACGUACAUGCAGAACACCGUCAGCCUGGAGGAGGAGCUGCGCAAGGCCAACGCAGCUAGAGCACAGCUGGAGACUUACAAGAGACAGGUUCAGGAACUACACCGGAAGCUGUCGGAGGAGACGAGGCGUGCAGAUAACCUGGCCUAUGAAAUGAAGAAGCUUGAAGAGAAGCAUGAAACUGUAAUAAAGGAGAAAGAGAGGAUUAUUGUGGAGAGGGACUCUCUCAAAGAGCUCAAUGAGGAGCUCAGGUGCACUCAGGCACAACAGCAGCAGUUCUCUCAAACUGGACUGCUUCCAUCAAGCAGCCACGACAACCUGGCAGCUGAAUUGAUGCCUGUUGAGUACAGGGAAAAGUUCAUUCGUCUGGUGCAUGAGAACAAGAUGCUGCGAGUGCAGCAGGAGGAGUCUGAGCGGGAGAAGAUCUCAGAUCUCCAGAGGCAGCUGGAAGAGGCUCAUAAGAGCCGCAGUGAACUGGACACAGAGAUUAGGUUAAGCCGUGAACGGUUCAGUGAGCUGCAGCAACAAGUGGAGGACCUUCAGAGAGCACUGCAGAGUCAGGCCAACAAGCCAGAUGAUUCAAACUUGAAACGAAAACUUGAUGCACAUAUGGUCCAGUUGAAUGAGGCUCAGGACGAAAUUAUGAAAAAGAAGGAGCUCCUCGAGGACCUCCAGCCGGACAACACACAGAACUCCAUGAAGGUGGAUGAGCUGAUGGCUGCUCUCAAAAAGAAGGACGACGACAUGAGGGCGAUGGAGGAAAGAUAUAAAAUGUACCUGGAGAAGGCUCGCAACGUGAUCCGUGCGUUGGAUCCUAAACUGAACCCAGCCACUGCCGAGAUCCAGGCGCUCAGGAAUCAGAUCACGGACCGGGACAAACAGAUACUCAGCCUGGAGCGUCAAUGUGAACAGGCCAAACUGAAGGAAUAUGAAGAAAAACUUAUUGUCACUGCCUGGUAUAACAAGAGUUUGAGCUUUCAGAAAUUGGCCAUAGAGUCCCGUCUGGGGGGCCGCGCCUCCCCUCUCCUUGGCCCGGGGCAGUCGUUCCUGUCGCAGCAAAGACAAGUGGCCAACGCUCCUCGGCGAACGCUCUCGGUCAAUGUUCCUGCUGCGGCCACUUCCAAAUAA